AUGUCUUCCACCAAACUCACGAAGCCUACAGUCCCUUUCUCCGAGGCACCAUGGAUCCAAGGUCUUCCCUCCUCUAUCUUUGGCUCCCCUUCCUACGUUCACCUCCGCGAAUGGUCCCGAAACUGGUGUGAAGAAGUUCUCAUCAAGCUUGGCGCCAAAUACGAAGAAGCUGGUGUCAUCUUCGACGAUGAUGCCUAUAAGCGAGCUGCCAAGGACGGUGUCCUGUUUGCUUUCGCCAUUGGUGUUCAUGUCAAUCCUGAAAUCGCCAAGAUCGCUCAGAGCGUCGGUGUAGGAUUGCCUGCCGGAAUCAAGAUGGAGGAGUGGAACAACAUCCACGACUACAUUAUCUGGGAUGAAUUCAACAGAUGUGCUUCUCCCGUCCUGAUGGGCCUUGUGGGUGGGCUUACAUAUGGGUCGGGGCCUCUCAUGCACUUUGCGUCGGAUGAACAGAAGCAGAAAUGGCUUCCGGAGAUCUUUUCAGGCCGUAAAAAGAUUUGCCUUGCUAUCACCGAACCUCUUGCUGGUAGCAAUGUCGCCAAUCUCAGCACUGAAGCCAAGCUCAUCGAGGAGAAUGGCAACAAGUUUUAUCUGGUCAACGGUAGCAAAAAGUGGAUCACCAACGGUAUCUACUCUGACUGGUUCACCACUGCAGUCCGCACUUCAGGCAACGCAGGUGACUCGUCAGGCAUCUCCCUCCUUCUCAUCCCCAAGGGUCCCGGUGUCACGACGAAACAGAUGAAAAUGCUUCCCGGCGGAGCAUCUGGCACGACCAUCGUCGAGUUCGACGAUGUCAAAGUUCCAGUCGAAAAUCUUAUCGGCAAAGAAGGCGAGGGGCUCAAACUUGUCUUCUUCAACUUCAACCACGAACGAAUGACGAUCGCCUUCACUGCUCUGCGCUACGCCCGAGUUUGCAUGGAAGACGCCAUUGGCCACUGUCGUCGUCGUGAAGUGUUCGGUAAGAAGCUCAUCGAACAACCCGUCGUUCGACACAAGAUUGGUCACAUGGCGAGGGAGGUGGAAGCACUGCAGGCUUGGACCGAAUCGAUCGUUUUCCAGCAACUCAACAUGACCAUUCCACAGUCGAACAUGUUGACAGGUGGUACGUGUGCGUUGUUGAAGGCUCAUGCCGGUAUUGUGUUGGAGAAAGUUGUGAGGGAGGCAGUGCAAUUGUUGGGUGGUAUGGGUCUGACAAAGGGCGGAACUGGUGAGAGGAUCGAGAGGAUUUGGCGUGAGGUCAAGGCUCUCACUGUGCCCGGUGGCAGUGAAGAUGUCAUGAUCGACUUGGGUGUUCGACAGCAGCUCAAGCUCGUUGGUCCUCAGAGCAAGUUCUGA